AUCUAUUCCAAGGGAGCUGUAAGUCUAGCAUGUCGUAAGAGCAAAGUCUUGAACUCUGGAUCCGUGCGGGUAUAUCAACAUGUAGAAUGGCGUGCUCACCUCUGUAGCCACUCAUUACCUGUCUUUCUCUCUUCCUUUCUUUCUGUCAAACGAUAUUUGAGCUUUCAUUGGCGUCACUUGGCGCCAUCACCAUCAUUUUGUUGAUGACAAGUCCAGACGAAGAGCUCGGGUUGUCAAAAUGCCAGCCAGAAGUAUGGUGCUUCAAGACUGGGGGCCACGCACAGCCCUGUCAUCGCACGAGGAUCUGAGGUUCAAGGUGUCUAUCCUGACUUCGCCAAUCAAACGGACGAGCCAGCUCUCCAUUGAAGCCACCAACGACGUUGUCAACGUAUUCGACAGCGGCGCCGUAGACGAGGUUCUCACGGCCUUUGAGCAAGUCCUGACGAACCGGGUUGAGAGAUUCAAGCUCUUCGACGACAUCCUCAGGGAGACCAGUGUGCAGAUUGACGACAAGACGAGACGGAGAAUGGGCUUCAAGGUUUUCUCUCCCCAAAGAGCGCGAUCAACUACGGCACCAGCAGUUUCAGAACCCAGCAACACGUCUACACGCCCGACACUGCGGCCGUUUAUAUCACGGCCUCUUGCGCUGCGUACACGAUGUCCACGACCACCGCCGGUUCCUGUGCCGGUUCCUGUGUCUAUGCCACGGCACUUCUCAGAGUCGAAAGAUAUCCUACCUGAGACCGAAGCCGUCGAAGUGUCUCGAGCUACGCCUAGCAUACCACGACCACAACCACGACCACAACCACGGCCACAACCACGACCACAACCACGACCACACCCAGCACCAACAGCAACACCCACGCCACACCUCACAGACUCCUCCUCAUACUCCUCAUCCUCCUCCUCAUCAUCCGACACCGACAACCCCCC